UCAAAACUAUAUGAUUUUAUAAUAUUGCUUGACAGUACAAUGGAAUAUACGUUAAAUGUUUCAGCCGAGCGGUCGGUAGUGCGAGAGUCACUCAAAGGGAUCAUAUGGACUAUUUUCUUUCAUAGAUUAUUUGGACCUAUUACUCCAUCAAUGAACGAAUUCCUCGGAGUUCCAUAUCCGAUAGCGGAGAGUAUGACUUCAUUGGAUACAUUAAUAGAUGAAAAGAUCCAUCACUUGAUAAAAAAUGUAUUCAAUGGAAAUGUUACAGCGCCACUGGGGAAUUCAAGAAAUGUUAAAUCAGGUCAAAUAAAGAUACAAUUAUAUGAACUUCGAGUGAAAAAAUCCAAGAAAACUGGUUGGUUUGGACAAGUUAAAUCAGAAGAUGAAGAGAAACGAUUAUGGGAAUCAUGGGUGAUAAAUGUUAAAUGUUAUCCAGUUGAUGAAGGAGGACCUGGAAAUGUUGAAACAGGUGGCAAACUGACAGAUGAUAGAUCCUCAACUAAAAGUGAGCCUAUGGCUAUGUCGAUAGCAAGCUUCAAAGAGAACCUAAAUAAUAUAAUUGAUAUUGCAGACACACAUAAGGAUCAUAUCCCACCAAUAACUUCACUCGACAGUCUACCUUUCCCUUAUACAAUAAUUGUGAGUGAUACACAAGUUCAUUCUACAGCCACUGAAGAAGAAUCAUGGGGUACACUAAUAAAAAAGAUGCUUGACUAA